CAGGUGAAGACUCCACAACCACGCGGGGAAUCAAACUAGCUGUACACACGCUCUCGACAUCUCUAUUUACUGUACCUUAACUACUACAAACUGUGAAAACAUAUAAGUAAUAUCUCCAGUUCAUUAAGAAACCUUCAUAAUUAACGUACAACCAUAAAAAUCUGAAAACACGUUUAAAACAACAGGAAGAGGAUUAAAAUAAAAUAAAUUAUUUACCGCACAACUUCCGUCGCAAAUGUGAAAAAAAAAUAACGCCAAGAAGAAAAACGGAAACGACUAAAAAAACCCAGUGAUUUACCUGCAUUAUGGGCCGGAUAUAGUGACAGUUUCCAGCAAGUGAGAUAAUUCAUGACCCGACCUCCGUCAGAAUGGGUCGACGGGUGGUGGUCCUAGCGUGUGUCCGCACCGUCUUAACAUUCACCCUUGGCUUUGGCUUGGGUGUCGUCAUCCACCUGUUUGUCAACUUAUCCACCAACCUCUCUCACUCCAAUGUCCCCAGAAACUACAAGGGCAACAGGAGACUAGAGGAACAGGCACCAUACGAGGCGAGGGUUGAUCUGCUGAUAGGGGAGAGGACCUACAGCCCCUCUCAGCCUCCCGCAAACGAAGGUUGGUUGUCUGCAGGAGGCGGUGGUGGUAGUGGUGGUGGCGGCGUGUUGUGUUACGUCCUGACAGGCCCCACUAACCACCGCUCUGCCCUUCACGUCAAGAACACCUGGGGCCAACGAUGUGAUAAGGUGGUGUUCUACAGCACCAAACAAGAUGAAGCCCUUCAGCCUGAGGUGUUGGACGUCCCUGAGGGCUAUGGGUACCUGUGGGCCAAGACGAAGGCGGCCCUCACCCACCUGUACCACCACCACCCACACUACCAAUGGUAUAUGAAGGCCGACGAUGACACCUUCGUCAUCGUUGAGAAUCUGCGUUACUUCUUAAGGGACCUCGACCCUGACCUGCCAUUGUACUACGGCGCAAAGUUCAAGAUGCAUGUCAAACAGGGAUACAUGUCCGGGGGCGGGGGCUACGUGUUGAGCAGGGAGGCGGUGAAGAAGUUCGUGACGGAGGCGCUGCAACUUACUGACCAGGCUAAGUGUCCCACUAACACCAGCAGGGGCUCUGAGGACGUCCAGCUAGGGUUGUGUCUGGAGAGUGUGGGCGUGGCGGCGGGGGAUAGUCUGGACAGGGCAGGCAAGUCGAGGUUCUUCUCCAACAGUCCUCUCUCUCUCUUCUACCACCAGCCGCUCGUCAACAAGCUACACUGGUACUGGCGAUACCUCUGGCACAAACACGGUGUGGGUCCUGAUUGUUGUAGCCGUCAUCUCAUCAGCUUCCACGACGUCAGCCCCCGGAUGAUGUGGACGCUUGAAGCUCUGCUGUACCGCCUCCACAUACACCGAGACCUGCAGCCUCCACACCUCAACACCUCCACCUCCCCAGCACCUCCACCCGACUCCUCCACUCCUCCUCCACGUGCGCCUCCAGCUAUAUUUUCCCUUCGUACAUGAAGAUGAAUUUAUGCAUUUACCUUAUUAAUUCCAAUUAAAGUACAAGAAUUA